CCUUUCUCGGAUCGAGAUCUCCCCGCAUCACCAUGGCAACCAAAAUUUUCAUACUGCUCCUCUUAAUCGGGACCCUUGUACGAGGGGAGGUCCCUUGCGGCCUUAGAUGGCAAACGUUAGGCACCUCGUUCAGCCUGAGGGAUGAAAUCGCUGUUCAUUUGGAUGAAUUAUACAUCGCAAAAAUUGUACGGAAUGGGGUCCACAUGAUUGGAAAUUAUAGGAGGGACACGUUCGAAGCAAUUUUUGAUACGGAUGAUGAAGUUUCGUCGCUAAUGUUCCUCAGCAAUCCGUACAAUUGUACGGUAAAAUUUGUCGAUUCGUACGGUUGGCAGGACCGGAAGUCAUUCCUCGUACGGACGGGAAACCCGGGUCGGGAAGAAUUUAUUGGACGCGGGUUUUUAAAGCAAGGUCAUUUCCCUGACAAAUGGGGCACCGGAGCGGUCACGCUGACCAAUGGGAAGUUACAGAGGGUUAAUUAUAAUAAGAAGAAAACCUUGCUAUUCCCCCUUUUCGGCCGCACCCUCCAACUCUUAGAGAGCACCUCACCCGGCCUAAUCCUAGAAAUAUCCCAUCACGAAGUCGACCUCUCCACCUCCUCCGACCAACCCGACAUCUCUGGCGUCGAAAUCAUCGAAAACAACUCCGCCGCCACGAUCCAUCAGACGGUCACGCAUUCCAAAAACGUCACUGAAAUCACCCGGACCACCGUGACGAAAAAAUAUGUCGCUACCCGGACAACGACGAAAAAGACGAAAAUCCUCUUCGUCUCGAAGAUCAAGACGACCACGGAAACGUGGACGGAUGAGACGAAAGAGGUCACCGAGAUAAGGGAAAGUACCACGAUAACCGUGACGAAACAGGUGACCGUCCCGCCCUACGAGUCGAUUGAGGCGUGUUCCAUAAUAAUUAUUAAGGAGGAGACUGAAGUACCCUACGUGGCGUUGGGGACUUAUUCCGCGCCGGGGUUGAGGGGGGAUGAAGUGUUGGAGGUUUUGAGGGAGGAUGGCGUCGAAGGGGGGAGAGUUGUGGGGGAUACGGUGCAGUUAAGGGUGGAUGGCGUUUUUACGUAUAAGCUUGCCUUAUCGACGGAGUUUAGGACGAACCCGGUGGGGGCGGAGGAUGGGUGUGUGGCAGGGGACCGGAUGAGGGGAAAUGUGACGACGGAUAAGCGAUAGAUACUCAUAAUAUUUGAUUUAUGAUUUAUCUAUCACGAUUAAAUAAACGUUGUACGAGCUAAAGUAAA